GCUCACCAAAUUAGUACACCGUAGAUUAGUAACUUAGACAUGGCUGGUACUCUAGUCUCUGCAGUAUUAACGCUUUUAUCUCUCACAGGUUCGACAAACAGUCAAUUGACGCAGACAGAUCCAUGUCGGGUGGACAACCACACAAUACUAUGGAACCAAACAGAAAGAAGUGUAAACUACAAUGCAUCCACUGAUCUAUGUGACAGGGGGAGUUGGUCUGACCAAUGGUAUAGAGUCAUAAGCCCAUCGGGAAAUGACAUGCCGACUGAAUGUGUACCAGCUCGACGUUGUGGGACUGUGUUUCCAAUGUGGCUGAAUUGCUCGUUGCCUUCACCAGAAGAGAACGAGAAGUCGUGCAACGCAUGCGCAACAAAUCUGCAUAAUUGCUGUGAACACGUCAUAUCGGUACGAGUGAAGAAUUGUGGGAGUUUUAGGGUGUAUUACCUGCCAGAAGCUCUGGGCUGCAGACAUGCAUAUUGUUUUGGAUCUGAGGUCAGAUGUCCAUCUGGAUAUUGGUCUGAGAGUGGUUUCACGCCAAAUUGCUCAAAAUUACCAACCACAAUGGCCCCCUCUACCACAACGAGUUCAUCAUCAACUCUGGAUGCUAUAUUGUUCAACAGACAAAAUGGAUUAAGUUUGCGUGUUUUAGAACAAUUAAGCUGCGUUAUACUAUAUAGUUUAAGUUUUAACACCUAACAUACGAUUACAAUAUCAAGCAUUGCUUGCUUUUCGCACAGAAUAAAGGAUCACGGCAGCAAAUAUACACCGUCUAUGCGACUCAAUUUGUAUGAUAUUCCCAAAAAUGUGUCAUCUCAGUAUGAUUUUUUGCAAAAAAAUAAAAUUGCUCGUUUUAUAGUCAAUAUACAGUGAUUUUAACAUUUUGCGAUAUUCAAAGGGUGCAUUAUUUUGGCCUGAAUAUUGAGGUUUUUUAAAUCGUCAUCAUUUGAAACGAUGAGGACAUCUUAGAAUUUUAAAUCUUAUCUUGAUUGAUUCAAAUGAAUUAAACAAAUCUCUGUUUUUAAAUUCUUGUAGACUGUACGUAAAAUAUUAUCACAGUUUCAAAAAUAUAUAUGUAAUUUUUCUUGUUGAAACCCAAUGAAUCCAUUAUCAAGGUGAAACCAAUCUAAUAUAUUUUAAUGUACAUUGUAUUUACCCUUGUUUUCCCUCAAUUUUAUUAUUUGGUCAAAUAUUUGAUUUUUGUAUAUUACUACUGAUCUGACAGCCUUCGUAAAAUGUUAAAAAUGAGUGUAAGCUUGCAGGUGUUUGCAUCUUCGGCUCAGAUUGACUGAUUGCAACAAGAUUUCAUAGUUCAUUGAAAAUACUGUAACGAGACUUUUUGUGAGCAGUUACAAACUAUGAAAGUUGAAAGUAUAGUAUAUCCACGAGGUACUAACUCACCGGGGCGUAUC